CCCAUGUCCCCCGGCGCUGCCGCUCCUCUCUGCUGUUGUUGUUGGUUUGUUACACUCCCUGCCUCACAAUUGAGGCUUCAAUCUCUGCAACAUGACCGCUUCUUCGAACGCAAGCGAGAAAUCUGAUCCCACACCCGAUUCCUCGCCUCCACCUGUGAAUAUGGACGACGGUAAUGUGUCGAAGAAGAUGCAGGAUGAGGAGAUGCGUAUGAAAGCGCAGCGCGAGAAGCAAGACGCGAAACGCGACGCGCAAUUGGACAAGGAGAGGCAGGAGGACAUCAAAAGUGGCAAGGAGGUGUUGGACAAGAAGUUCCAGCAGCUGGAGUUCUUGAUGAAUAAGAGCAAGCUCUACGCGACAGUUAUGCUGCAGCAAAUGCAGCGGCAGGAAGACGAAGAGAAAGCACAGGAUGAGAAGACCGACGGUCAAGCUUCGAAACGCGAGAAGAACGCUGAGAAGGCAGCAGCAGAGUCGCAACGACGCGCAACACGAAACUCGGCAGCGAACGGCGCAUCGACACCAGACACGAAGUCAGACACUGCGACAAAGAAGAAGGGGCGAGGACGGCCGAAGAAGGAGAACUCGAACAUAGCAGAUUACUUCAAGAAGGAAGACCUGGAGAAAAAGGUCGAGGAAGAAGGGCCAGGCGAUGUCAAAAACGAGGAUAACGUCAAGACAGGGGACAUUGGCAUACAAAACCUCAAGUCUGCGCGGCAACCGAAGCUCGUCACAGGAGGCACAAUGCGGUCAUAUCAGCUGGAAGGGCUGGAGUGGAUGCUGUCAUUGUACCAGAACGGCAUCAACGGCAUUCUGGCGGACGAGAUGGGUCUGGGCAAGACGAUACAAACCAUCUCCAUGCUCGCGCACUUGUGGGAGAACAACUCUUUCGGCCCCUUCCUGAUCGCCGCGCCACUCAGCACAACAAGCAAUUGGGUGGCAGAAUUCGAGAAGUGGACACCGAGCAUACCCGUCAUGCUGUACCAUGGCGAUAAGAAGGAGCGCGAGAGGUUACGCAAGACACGACUCAAGAACCCAGGCACGAAGGACUUCCCUGUUGUUGUCACCAGCUACGAAAUCUGCAUGAACGAUCGAAAGUUCCUGACCCAUUUCGGAUGGCAGUUCAUUAUCAUUGAUGAAGGGCAUCGCAUCAAGAAUCUGGACUGCCGCCUCAUUCGUGAACUACAGCAGUUUCAGUCAGCGAAUCGUCUCCUAAUCACCGGCACGCCACUUCAGAACAACCUUGUUGAGCUGUGGUCCUUGCUGCACUUCCUGCUCCCAACAGUAUUCGACAAGCUGUCAACGUUCGAGAGCUGGUUCGAUUUCUCGGGCUUGAAGGACAAGUCCAACUUCGAGCAGCUCCUGUCUGAGGAGCGGCAGCAAUACCUGGUCAAGUCACUGCAUGCGGUGCUCAAGCCAUUCCUGCUGCGACGUGUCAAGACCGACGUAGAGUCUCUGAUGCCCAAGAAGCGCGAGUACGUACUCUACGCACCCUUGACGCCGAUGCAGCGUGAGCUAUACCAGGCGAUUCUGGAUGGCACAAGUCGAUCAUACCUUGAGGAUAAAGCAGUCGAGAGGCUAAGCGUUGGUCUUUCCAGCAGGGCUGGAACACCCCUCAGCAUUCGCAGCAACAACGACAACCUCAAGCGCAAAGCAAUAAGUGGUGCCAACACACCCAACAAGAGUACGAAGUCGUCGCGUGCAGGUACGCCUGCGUCAGUGACUUCUACACGUGGUCGUAGCAGAGUCAAGAGGAACUACGAAGAGGCCAGCGACGACGAGUACUUUGCAGGCCUCGACAAGGAAGAAAGUACGCCCGAGAAGGAAGAAGAAGUCGACUCAGAGGGCGAAGAGGAGCGCAUCAGAGCAGCAACCUUCGAAAUCGCCAAGCGCCAACUUCUACAAAAGAAGCUCGGUAACCCCAUCAUGCAGCUCCGCCUCUGCUGCAACUCGCCCUACAACUUCUUCAACCCCUUCCUCAAAGCAGAAAUAGAAGGCGGCGAAACGUUCGCAUCAAACACAGAGCCUGAUGAAACCAUCGUCUCCACAUCCGGCAAGAUGCUACUCCUCGACUCCCUCCUCCCUCCUCUGAUCAACGACGGCCACAAAGUCCUCAUCUUCAGCCAAUUCACCACAACUCUCGACCUGAUUGGUCAAUACCUCACCCUGCGCUCUUGGCCACAUUCUCGUAUCGACGGCUCGGUCGCGCAAUCUGAUCGACAGGCGCAGAUCCUCGCCUUCAACAAGUCGAAAACCAAGGACGGGACAAACAUUUUCAUCCUCUCGACUCGCGCGGGCGGCCAGGGUAUCAACCUCGCAGCUGCAGAUACCGUGAUUUUGUUCGACUCAGACUGGAAUCCUCAGCAGGAUCUGCAGGCCAUGGAUCGUGCGCAUCGUAUUGGGCAGACAAGGAAUGUUAUUGUAUACCGCUUUGCUACGCGUAAUACGGUGGAGCAGAAACUCCUUGAAUCUGCCGAAGCUAAGCGUCGUCUUGAAAAGUUAGUUAUCAGAAAGGGAGGCGUACGAAACAACGCAGGCAGAGGUGUGGAGAAGGAGCAAGAGGUUGAGGAACUGCAGAAGUUGCUCAGGAAAAGUGAUGGCGAGAGGUUCGAUAUUGCAGGAGAGGGCGAAGGAAAGCUUUUCAGCGACAAGGAACUGGAGAUCCUGCUCGAUCGAAGUGAUGAGGCGUAUGAGAGGGCAGAGAAGGGGUUGGGUGUCGGUGGAGAAGGGCAAGUCUUUCAGGCCGUGGGGAAGAGGGAGGAGGGUGCGUUGAUGAAGGGUCUGAGGGCAUGAUUUGUAUUAGAUGCCAUUUGCUUUUGCACAUUUAAGCCAAGUUUCGCGGUCGCAUUUUCGUCGGAAGCCAGCUCCAGAGUUCGUGUGUCAAGUUGCUUGUUCAUGUGAGCGCUUCGCUUGACAUCCAGGGAAGGACUACGUCUGCCAAAGUCCAACAAGUGGUCGGGAUCCGAGGUUCAUGAGCUACCGUAGUCUCCAG